AGCAGGAAGUCGCAUGCUGUUUGUUUUCAUAUUGGACAGGUGCAAAUCAACAACAGAACAUUGUAAAUACAGGUGUAUGUAACUUUACCUUCCAUCUGGUGGACAACAUGGCUAACGUUUAAACUCGAGCAGCCUUUUGGAUUUAUUUAUUUAACACAUCGGCGACAAGGAACUAUUUCAAGUGGAUGAAAUAUUUCUGAAAUGAUAUCAUUUCGCUCCGGUCCGGGAAUGGCCAGGGGAGUUUUCGCAAUCAGCUGUUUUGUUUAAGGAAUUCAGCGUCUCAAAAUGAUGUAUUCUUCUUUCUGAAUUCCUGGCAGUUGAAGGAAUAGGUGUAUCAAAACACGUUCAACAUGUCUUGGAAUCCUACGCACGUUCAAUUUACAGUUUUGCGGGGAAGGAAUUUGCUAACCAAAGGCAAGGGAGGGAUGAAGUUGACAGAUGUUUUUGUUUCAAUCUUACUGGGCAAGGAAAAGUUUCAAACAUCAACCAUCAAAAAUGCUCUCAAUCCAGAAUGGUUUGAGCAGUGUGACUUAUCCAUACAAGGGGGCAUGGACCAAGAUAUUUCUGUGACCGUGAUGCAUCGUGGGUUGUUAUCGGACGAUUUUAUUGGUUAUGCCACCAUUCCGCUGUCAGAUUAUAAAGUGUAUGACCGACCCAAGAGCCAAUGGGUUAAGCUGCGCGGAAAGCCUCACAAACCACCAGACAACAAGAAUCGAGGAGAAUUGGAAGUGAAACUGACAUUUCAAGUCAAAAACAGAACACAGGAAGAGGUUGGCGGGUCGCUGAAAAAAUUGUCAUCCAAUUCAUUAAAGUCUUUAGCAUCAGCAGUUGGUUUAAAAGUCAGUGACAAAUUCAAACGAAGCCGUUCUCUACGGGAAUCCCAGAAUCCUUUACAACAGGGAGCAGACAAGAGAAGAAACAGCUCUGCAUUUACAUCUGAUGGGGGACGCAUCCACGCUAAUAACUUCCCAUCUUCCGUAACUAUUGACGGCUCUACGAACCUCAAGGGGGCAGCACGAUCUGCCUCUGUUGACGGCGCUAACUUUCCAGCGGUAGAUAUUCCCCCACCUCAGUGGGAUGAUUUGUCUGUGGCGGAGAACAUCAUGCACAGAAGUCGAAGUAUGGUCCUUGACCGACAGCGUGAACAGGAUCAAUCUCCAGUUGAAGCAGACAUUGGAAGCAGUAGGUAUAACCGACCGGGAAAUCGCCAGUCAUUACCACCCUCCUACUGGGGUACACAGACUCUUCCCCACCCCCGGGGAAAACGCUAUUCCAUGGACAAUGAAAAUGGUGUUGCCGUGGUGACCAAAUCAGUGGAUGACCUUGACACUCCAGUAUCCUCACAGCCUGGAUAUUUAGAAUCCAUGUUCCGCAAAGAGCGUGAGGUCUACAAAACCAUGCAAAAAAAUGAUUCUGAUUCGUCAGAAGAUGAGAAGGUAAAUAGGAGCAGACGUCAAAGUCGUAAGAGUGCUAAAGAAUAUGUUUCUGAUGAACGACAUUCAUCAGAUUCCGAUUCAGAAGGAAGUGUAAAAGAAAUUGCACUUCCUAUUGUGAGGCGGAAGCCAGAAUCUAAAGUGAGGUCUGAAAGUAGGCCAAGAUCGGACUCCAAAGGAAGUAAUUCUAGUCAAGGAAAUAAAUCGGAAGUUUUAAAGGAGCCUCCACCCUUGAGCAGAAAUAACAGCAAUGAAGGAAAAGCACUGACUGAAACAUCUUUUCCGGAAUCAAGUACGGAACCAGUUUAUCAUAACGGUAAUGACGAUGAUGCUAGUUCAGAAUCUACAAUCGAGGCGCAAGAAACGACAGAAAAUGAUUUGGUUAAUGGAGAGCAAGAGUCAGCAAAAUUGGCCCAAAAUCGGCGCAAGAUCACCCCAAUACAACAGUUUUCAUUUGAUAAUUCUCCGGAAAAACAGGAAGGAGUGAGAAAAAGAGCAAAGAGAGAUAGACUUCGCCAGUUAUAUAAACAAGGAGGUAGAAGAUAUACUGUACAAGGAUUACCCCACCGUCGUAAUGAUGACUCGUUAGCUGACCUUCGACCUCAAUUAUCACGAGAGUUUACCAUACUCCCAGAUGACCUUAUAGCAGUCUAUAAGAAUAUGACAAAGGAGGAGCUGAUUCACCUGGUGAUCACUCACAAAGCCCAGCUGAUCCGUAAAGACCAGUACGUCAAGGAUAUGGAGGAUUACAUAGACAACAUGCUUGUCAGAGUAAUGGAGACUAACCCUCGCCUUCUUCAGUGUAAAAAUAGGUUCAAAUAAUUUCAAUCUAGUCCAGCUUGGAAAAUCUAUUUCCACUUUAAUUGUGGACACUGUAUAUAACACACAGAGUACUGUAUUAAUCCUGUCCAGGGUGCCAACACGUCAAGUUUGACUCAAAUUUGUGGGUGGGCUUAUAAUUAUGAAAUUUAGUAAUUUUGAUCGUUCCUGGUAGUUUAUGCUUAAAAUUUGCUUAAAAUUUUUUUGAAAGUAAAGAUGACCACUUUAUAAAAUAUAUAAAUUUUACUUGAAAAAUUAGUUCAGUUACAACUUUUUGUUGCUCUACAUAACAUUUCUUAAUUUAGAGUUACUUCCCCUUCCUCAGUAUUUCAGUGUUCAGAAAUCAUUAUAUUUUACAACUAGCAGUAUGGAGUACCAAGUUUGAUCGGCUUGUGCCAUUUCACUUCUUCCACAUAUAAAAGGAUCAAGCGAUAUAUAAUGAUGCUGUGGUAUCAUUUGCUAACAACCUGUACUCAAAGUUAGUGAUAGAUUGAUACUAGAAUACUGAGGUAUCAUUCAUUAACAACCCGUACUCAUAGUUAGGGAUGAACUGAUAAUAGAAACCUAAGUAUCAUUUGUAACCAACCCGUACUCAAAGUUAGGGAUGAACUGAUAAUAGAAAUCUUAAGUAUCGUUUGUAACCAACCUGUACUCAAAGUUAGGGAUGAACUGAUAAUAGAAACCUAAGUAUCAUUUGUAACCAACCCGUACUCAAAGUUAGGGAUGAACUGAUAAUAGAAAUCUUAAGUAUCUUUUGUUAAGAACCUGUAUUCAAAGUUAGGGAUGGAAUCCUGAGCAAUUUCUUUGAACUGUAUCUUGGACUUAUUACCAAGUAUGGUCUAGAUCUUAUAUCCAGAUAAUUUAGGAUUAUUUGAUAGAAAAGUUCUAAGGUUAAGAUUAGAUAAAUGCUGGAUGCUGGGCAAUGCCCUCUAUAUCCAUAUCUGAAAUUAAUCAAAAACAUCCAUGGAUAUAGUAUUAAUUAGAGAUAAUAUUCAUUCGCUUUGAUGAUUGUUUCAUUUUAAAGGAAUGAUUUCUCACUUCUUUUCAGAUGUGUUCAUGUGUUUUAUUUAUAUCAUGGAAUCAAUAUAUGUUCUUUGAUAGAUAUUUUGAUACAUAUUUUAUGAAUGAGAAUAUAUUUCCUAUUUAUAAAGUAUGAAACUUCUUUUGUAAUUGAAUUCACCCUUUCAGGUGAAAUGUAAUUGAAUUCACCCUUUCAGGUGAAAACUUUUGGAAAAAUACAUUAAAUUUUGUUACAUCUUUAUAUAUAUAAUGUUUCACCUUUACAGUAUAACUGUGUUUGAAUUGAUCUGAACUCUUUUCGCAAAAUGCAUCAUAAUGCUAACGCUAAAAGAUCUGGUGAGAGGUGUUUAGAAGGCUUUGAGUGACUGAUAUGUGAUCUUUAUUAGACAGAAAAUAAGAAUGAAACUUUACAUCAAUUAUCUGUGCCAUCGAAAGCUGUCAUAACAUGCUCACUUAAAACUUACAUGGUUGUGGUUCAUUUGUCAUCUUUUUUAUGUUUGUCGUCCAACAAAUUUUAUAUUAAACAGUUUCUCCUCAUGAACUAUUAAGCAGGUUUUGAUAAAAUUUUGGAAGGAUCUUGGCUGGCCAUUUUGGGGACUAAUGAUUUGUCAAAAUGUUAUUUUGGGGGCUAAGGGUUGGUCAAAAUGUUAUUGUAUUCAUUGACUUUUGAAUGAAAAAUGUCUCAUUUGAAACUACUGCACAUACUUCAGUCAAAUUGUAGUGAUUGCGUAAAAUACUAAGCUAGGUGCCUGUUGCUUAUCACGAUAAAGGACCUAGGUGCCUGUAGCUAAUUAUGAUAAAGGACCUAGGCGCCUGUAGCUAAUUAUAAUAAAGGACCUAGGUGCCUGUAGCUAAUUAUGAUAAAGGACCUAGGUGCAUGUAGCUAAUUAUAAUAAAGGACCUAGGUGCCUGUUGUUAAUUAUGAUAAAGGACCUAGGGGCCUGUGACUUAUUAUAAUAAAGGACCUAGGUGCCUGUUGUUAAUUAUGAUAAAGGACCUAUAUAUAUAGCUAGGUACCUGUGGCUAAUUAUAAUAAAGAACCUAUAUAGGAGCCUGUAGCUAAUUAUAAUAAAGGACCUAUAUAGGUGCCUGUAGCUAAUUAUAAUAAAGGACCUAGGUGCCUGUGGCUAAUUAUGAUAAAGGACCUAGGUGCCUGUAGCUAAUUAUAAUAAAGGACCUAGGUGCCUGUGGCUAAUUAUGAUAAAGGACCUAGGUGCCUGUAGCUAAUUAUGAUAAAGGACCUAGGUGCCUGUAGCUAAUUAUGAUAAAGGACCUAGGUACCUGUAGCUAAUUAUGAUAAAGACCUAGAUGCCUGUAGCUAAUUAUGAUAAAGGACCUAUGUGCAUGUAGCUAAUUAUGAUAAAGGACCUAGGUGCCUGUAGCUAAUUAUGAUAAAGGACCUAGGUACCUGUAGCUAAUUAUGAUAAAGACCUAGGUGCCUGUAGCUAAUUAUGAUAAAGGACCUAGGUACCUGUAGCUAAUUAUGAUAAAGACCUAGGUGCCUGUAGCUAAUUAUGAUAAAGGACCUAUGUGCAUGUAGCUAAUUAUGAUAAAGGACCUAGGUGCCUGUAACUAAUUAUGAUAAAGGACCUAGGUGCCUGUAACUAAUUAUGAUAAAGGACCUGAAGUUGCCUGUAGCUAAUUAUGAUAAAGGACCUAGGUGCCUGUAGCUAAUUAUGAUAAAGGACCUAGGUGCCUGUAGCUAAUUAUGAUAAAGACCUAGGUGCCUGUAGCUAAUUAUGAUAAAGGACCUAUGUGUAUGUAGCUAAUUAUGAUAAAGGACAUAUGUGCAUGUAGCUAAUUAUGAUAAAGGACCUAGGUGCCUGUAGCUAAUUAUAAUAAAGGACCUAGGGGCCUGUAGCUAAUUAUGAUAAAGGACCUAGGUGCAUGUAGCUAAUUAUAAUAAAGGACCUAGGUGCCUGUUGUUAAUUAUGAUAAAGGACCUAGGGGCCUGUAACUAAUUAUGAUAAAGGACCUAGGUACCUGUAGCUAAUUAUGAUAAAGACCUAGGUACCUGUAGCUAAUUAUGAUAAAGACCUAGGUGCCUGUAGCUAAUUAUGAUAAAGGACCUAUGUGUAUGUAGCUAAUUAUGAUAAAGGACCUAUGUGCAUGUAGCUAAUUAUGAUAAAGGACCUAGGCGCCUGUAGCUAAUUAUAAUAAAGGACCUAGGGGCCUGUAGCUAAUUAUGAUAAAGGACCUAGGUGCCUGUAGCUAAUUAUAAUAAAGGACCUAGGUGCCUGUGGCUAAUUAUGAUAAAGGACCUAGGUGCCUGUAGCUAAUUAUGAUAAAGGACCUAGGUGCCUGUAACUAAUUAUGAUAAAGGACCUAGGUGCCUGUAGCUAAUUAUGAUAAAGACCUAGGUGCCUGUAGCUAAUUAUGAUAAAGACCUAGGUGCCUGUAGCUAAUUAUGAUAAAGGACCUAUGUGUAUGUAGCUAAUUAUGAUAAAGGACCUAUGUGCAUGUAGCUAAUUAUGAUAAAGGACCUAGGCGCCUGUAGCUAAUUAUAAUAAAGGACCUAGGGGCCUGUAGCUAAUUAUGAUAAAGGACCUAGGUGCCUGUAGCUAAUUAUAAUAAAGGACCUAGGUGCCUGUGGCUAAUUAUGAUAAAGGACCUAGGUGCCUGUAGCUAAUUAUGAUAAAGGACCUAGGUGCCUGUAACUAAUUAUGAUAAAGGACCUAGGUGCCUGUAGCUAAUUAUGAUAAAGACCUAGGUGCCUGUAGCUAAUUAUGAUAAAGGACCUAGGUGCCUGUAGCUAAUUAUGAUAAAGGACCUAGGUACCUGUGGCUAAUUAUAAUAAAGAACCUAUAUAGGCGCCUGUAGCUAAUUAUAAUAAAGGACCUAUAUAGGCGCCUGUAGCUAAUUAUAAUAAAGGACCUAGGUGCCUGUGGCUAAUUAUGAUAAAGGACCUAGGCGCCUGUAGCUAAUUAUGAUAAAGGACCUAGGUGCCUGUAGCUAAUUAUAAUAAAGGACCUAGGUGCCUGUAGCUAAUUAUGAUAAAGGACCUAGGUGCCUGUAGCUAAUUAUGAUAAAGGACCUAGGUGCCUGUAACUAAUUAUGAUAAAGGACCUAGGUGCCUGUAGCUAAUUAUGAUAAAGGACCUAGGUGCCUGUAGCUAAUUAUGAUAAAGGACCUAGGUACCUGUGACUAAUUAUGAUAAAGACCUAGGUGCCUGUAGCUAAUUAUGAUAAAGGACCUAUGUGCAUGUAGCUAAUUAUGAUAAAGGACCUAUGUGCAUGUAGCUAAUUAUGAUAAAGGACCUAGGUACCUGUAGCUAAUUAUGAUAAAGGACCUGAAGGUGCCUGUAGCUAAUUAUGAUAAAGGACAUCAAAAGUGAAAUAGAUAAAACGUUCUCAUAUAUUCGUGAAUACAUGAGUUUAGGAACGCUGAUCAAGAAAUAACUUUCUAUUCACGAAUGAUGACCUAUAAGAUACAUGUUCCUAUAUCGGUGACAUAUUUUGUUGAAAAAUAAAUCAUGGGAAUAUACCUAAAAACUCAUUUGAUACAGUUUCGUGAGACAUGCUGUGAUUGUAUUGACCUGAAUACAGGUUUCUCCGAGUACAGGUUGACCCCCACACAAUAGUACAGAAAAUUAAGUAUUUGAAGAAUGAGGUGAGUAGUUUAAAAGAUAACUAACAGACCUUAAAAGCUCGCCAUUCACAAUGUCUGUAAGAUGGCAGGUCAUCAAAAGGUCAGACACGUUCGUGCAGUGUUUGAUUUCAUGUUUCGUAGCUUGUUAUAAAUAAUUCCUUUGUGUACGCUAGUCGUGCCAGCGUAACGUCUUAGACGGUUUUCCUACCGGAUAUUAUGUAAUUCAGUAAAGUCAAUAUUUUGUUUCUUAUAAAACUAUGUUAUUUUAAUUAUUUUAACAGCUUUCAAACACAAACAUUGCUGUAGAGGUUUUCCAAAUCUAUUGUGUCACACAAAUCACGUGAUAGCAUUUAAAUUUAUGUGAAACUAUGAAAGCCAGUUAUAAUGCGGAAUCAAUGGGUAUGUCACUAGAUUUGUUAUUUGUGUGGAAAAAAACCGCGAGAGAUUUAAAUGCGCGACUGAUUCUGCUAGCGUAUUAACGCAAAAGUAAAUACCACGAGAAAUGUAAGUGAUUUACAGUAUACAGAAAGGAAUGGGCAGGUGAGGGAUGGGAUCAAAAGAUUAAAUUGAAAUGUCUGGCCUUGAACCGAAAGUUUUAUAUUUUUGGCAAUAUUCGAGGGGGUGUAAUCACGGGCAUUCAAUACAAGCGCGAAAAAAACACAAAAAACACCCCUCGGAUAUUUAUGCAUACAUGUAAAAACAGAUGUAUAAAAGUGUUAACUGCAGAAUAGUUAAAAGGCGCGUAGGUGCGCCAAAUUUAAUAUCGGCGAACUAGGUCCUCCUGGAAAAGUGCGAAAUAUUAUCUCUGUGAAAUCUAACAACUAGACAGUAGCUGAUAUGCCAAGCUCAUAGGUACCAAAAGAGCAAGAGUCAAAAUGAUUUAAAGAAUUUAUGGGUUUAGUUUGAGGAGUUCUUAGGUUUUGUUUUAGGAAUUUUCAGGUAGUAAAAGAGGUAAAAUUUACUAAUUGCACGUAAGAGUGUCUUUCUGAAUAAUAGGUUUCAACCAAAUUGUACUGUUGCUGUUUACGAAAAAGCGACUAUCGUUGUUUGGACUUUCCUCAAAAUAUAGAUUUUAACCUUUUCUUUGACAAUAAUAAGCUAGUUCAUCAAUGCAAAGACAACGUGAGCUUGUUAGUGUUCUUAUACAUUCUGAUGAAUUAAGUGAACAUCUUGUAAGGAGUUGUUCUCAAAACGAUAGCAUAAUAAACAGUUUUUAUCUGAAGCCAGUGUUAAUACAUAUUUGUUAAAUAAUUAUGUUUACAUGACUGCUUACAUGAAUCAAAAUUAGUAUUUAAGAUAGAUCUGAUGAGAAUAACCUGUGCUUUUGAUUGAUUUGAAAGCACACCAGAUGUAAAAUGAUACAGUCACAUCCAGCGCAAGGUUUUGUACAUCAAACACGCGCACAAUCAGAAUGUUGACUGAAAAAAUUACAUUUGAUAGACGUGUUUUGUGUUUUUGUGGUACUACAAGGAAAUUAAUAUUUUGUCUAUCAUAUGUAUUUAUGAAUGAUUAUUGACGAGUUUUGCUAUUUUUGAAUACCCCAAAAGUUAUUUUUUUAGAAAGGUCCAUUUAUAAAUAAUAAUGAUAAUUAAAAAAAAAAAAAAAAAACAACAACUUAAAGUUGGAAUACCUCUGGCCCCAUUGACAUCGAUAUUCCUUAACUUGGAACUAAUUUUAAAAAUCUUAUAGAAAGCACUACAGAGCUUAAGGAAUGGGAAAUUUAAAGUUUAAGAAAUAUCUUUGUUAAGGAAUAUUUUUGAAAUUGGGUCCUGUUCCUAUAAACCAGACGGCGAAGUCUUGCAUUAGAAUUCAGAGACUAUCAAAUCUUCAUAUGAAUUAUUAUGGAUAUUCUUGUUCCUUGCCUUUUUGUUAUCCUAUGCAAUUGGCUUGUGCACAACAUGCAGGGGUAUAAAACAGUAAAACUUAUUUAAUUAUACAAGAGAAAAGUUGCCAAAUUAAUUACUAAUUAUUGCCUUUUAUUUAAAUUCUGUCAAUCCUUUUGAUAAAAUGUGUGUCAGCUUGUUUUCAUCGAUGUUUUCAGACAAUGAUUAAAGACAAUUAUUCCUUUUGAUGUUCGUUAACAGAAUGCAAUUUGGGUGAAAUACGUACUUGUCUAGUACAUUAGAUCUUACAUUUUUGAUCUGAAAUAAUUUGUGUUCAUUACAUUUUGUUUUCUCUAUAUGGAAGGUUAUGCUAGAAAUAUAAUGCGAUCGAACAAUUUUAAAUGAUAUUCAUUCCACUUAGAAAUAGAUCUAGAGAUACGAUAUUAUUGUAAUAUACAACAAUGUACAUAUUUUUUAUGCUUGAAAUUUUUUCUACGAACUAGCGUAAUUUUAUUUUGUAUUUUUUUUACGAAUUCAAUUUUGUACAUGCACAAAAAUGUAGCUGCAAUGCUGUUUGCAGAAAGUGAAGUUUAAAUUUUAAUUUUAAUUUCAUAAAGGCAUGCUGAGGUUGUUAAUACACACAGAGCAAAAUAUAACAUGCCAUUAAUAUUUUAAUGGUUUACAGUAUAUUUUGACUGUAUAAAUGUUCAUUCAUCUAUAGAUGUUUUUGACUAUAUAAAUUCGCACGGAUCUAUACACGUAUAUCUUAUCUAUGCAUGCAAAUCGUGGUAUAAAUCCAAGCGUAUGCAAAACAGAUUCCAGCCAUUGAAUAUGCUAUUGUGAGGAAAGAUUUUUGAAGGAAAUGUGAUCAAAUACCUAUUUUAUAUAUAUUUGUAUUAUUUCGUGAUUUUAGCAGAUUAAACUAUUUUCAUUGAUAUGAAUAUUAAUCGACAGGGCAUUUUUAUGUUUGAAGAAUGUAUAUAUGAUGAAUGUAUUAAUGAACUAUUUCAAAAAGCGGUGUGACAACGUUAAUGCAGUUUUCCAUGAUUUGCAAUCAAUGAAUAUGUUUCAUAUGUUUUCUCCUGAAGAAGACCAGAAUUUGAGAUACAUUGCAUUGCUCUUUGAUAUCUUAUUAAUGUGUUAAAAGUUUGAUCCCACUGAUUAAAAACGAUUAUUUGUGGUCUGUAGGAAAUGUACUGGUUUGAUACUUAAUGAAAUUGCCAAUUUUCUGUCGGUUCUGAUUCAAUUUCAGUUGAAAUUCAUUCUAAUGCCAGAAUCAUCAAUUUAUCUAAUAUCUUAAAACGACCCUGUUGAAAAUGUUAUUUUCAUUUAGAAAAUAUAUUAUAGAUUAUAAUUAUCAAUGCAAAACUGAAGAAUUUGAUACGAAGAUAAUAACUCUGUCUAUCUGAAAUUCCGACCUAAAUUUCUUUUCUAAAAUGAUAAGCUUAGUAAGCCUAUCUAGAAUGAUGAGCUACGUUUUCCUUUCUGAAAUGAUAAGCUAAGUAAGCAAGCCUAUCUGAAAUGAUGAGCUAAAUUUUCCUUUCUGAAAUAAUUAGAUUUGUUUGCUAUCUGAAAUGAUUAGUUACAUUUUCCUUUCUGAAAUGGUUAGCUAAGUUUGCCUAUCUGCAAUGAUGAGCUAACGCCGAUGUCGGUAAUCUGAUCUACCAUAUUUACUUCCCCAAAUUUCACUCCGUUAUUAACAUAGUAUAGGGAUAAGCUUGCAUAGUGAUGACCUUGCAUAGUGAUAAGCUUGCAGCCGAUGGGGACAGCGAAUGUGAUAUCGGACAAUACCCCCAUUUGAGACAUUCCGAGGUUGAUACAAUCUCGUAUCGACCUCAUUGAAACACCGGUUGUACUCGUACGUCAUGGAAUGAAUAUGCGUUUCUGUGUAAUCUAGUAUAUUUCUCUCCCCCUGUAGGCAUUGUUAUCAUUAGUGGUAUGGUACUUUUACACAUUAUUUGCCUACUACUUUAUAUUUCGGAUUCCAGAUCAAGUAUGAUCUUGUACAAAAACGUAUUGAAUAUUUUCUAAGUGUUUGCAAAAUAGAGAAUUAGUGAGAAGUAAGGCUAAAGUUAAUCCUGUUAAGUUCUACUUAUAUUAUAUUGCAACAACAUAUGUGUGUUAUAUCACGUAUUUUGGUGAAGAUAUGUGCUUAACUUCAUCUGAACUGUAGAUAUAUGUGUCUUUAUGUUUGUAACGGGAAACAUGCACAAGAUACAUUUACUUCUGACCUAUAGUUUCUAUUUAAUGGAUAUACACUGUUGCAUGUUGUUGAUGAAACAAAGUAUUCCUUUGAUAAUUUGAUUCAAUUUACUUUUCAGUUCAUGGAUAUGGACUGGUUAAGAGUUAUAUAUAAAGUUGUAAAAAAACAAUCUUAUUCCUCUGUCCCAGUUUUUGCUAUUGACAUGCGUUUGAAACUGGAAAAGGAAACAUAUUUUCAUAUAUAUUUAUACUACAUAUGGUUGUGAAUAAGAAAACAUUUGUUUUGAUUUAACCUUUUCGUGAUGAUUGGACGGGCAACUGUUUUGUUUUAUUUUACCUGUUCCUUACAGUAACACAUUAAACAGGGUUUGCCGUUUGUACACUUUUGAAACUUUACCCAGUCCUUUUUAGCAUGCAAUAAAUUUCCCUUGAUAAAGUAUCAUAAAAAGUUGAAACUUAACGUUGUCAUGUUCCAUUGAAGACAUAAAGAUUUAUUUUCUAAAUAAUUUUUUUUCUGGUGCAAACUAUAUUUUAUUCGCAUUGGUAGCACAGAUGCUUUUGCUGAAACAAUCCCAUUUUUCAAUAUGGCAAGAUUAUCAAUUAGAAUGAGUUAUUCUAUUGAAAGGUCAUAUCAAAUGAUGUUUGACCCGCGAUAAAACUAAAUAUUAUACAAUGAUGUUAUCAUCAACGGUCACACAAGAAAUAUAAUAUCUAGAGCCAAUAUGAUCCAUAUAACAAAUAUUCAGUAAUUUCUAGAUGAUUUGAUAUUGCUUUUUACAAGCACUUUUCAUUCAAAAAAAAAAAAAAAAAUGACGUUAUUAGCUCAUAACGUUAACAAUGACGUCGCCGUAUGUAACUAGAGUUAUAUUGGUGUAUUAAUUUCUAAGAGAAAAUAUUCUUCAAAAGUAAGUUUAAACAGGGAUUUGAUAUUGUUUCACAAAUACAUUGGCAUAAUCGUUAUCACUUAAACUAUGGACGACUGGAAUAAGUAAUAAUUAUGUAAAUACUUCAUUUUUCUCAUGCAGUUUUAUAUUCAUAUUGUUGUUUUUUAAUAUUUGAUAUAAUUUGGUAAUAUAAAGAACAUCUCCGCUAAAUAUUAUGUGUUUGGUGCUACUUACUCAUAUAUUCAUUAUUUGUAGGAUUUUUUUAUCACUGAAUUAAAAUAACUUGUACUGUCAACAGUAGUACAUAGGUAGUAAUUAUCUUCGAUGAUACGGAAUGUAUAUAAUUUACAUAAUUAUGCAUUAUAUUUAUAUGACUAUUGAAAACUCGCCGAAACUCGUCUUCGAUGCUCCAGGGGUUACUUUCACUUUCGCUUUCUGCUCUCUCGGAAUGUGUCAUGGCAAAACCGAAGGCACACGACUAGCUAUUUGAUUGGUUCCAGGAAAUUAAACCGUCCAAUGACUAAGCUGAUAUGUUUAUUUUGAAGAUUGCAGAGGAGCGACAACCAAGAUAAAAGCAAAUUUAACAGUAUGGUGUCCUCUAGUUUAGUUUGAUUUGCACCAAAGAUUAAUUCGCAUUUUGUUUUAUCGACAAUAUGUCGAUGAUUGAGUCUUGAUUUUUUCAUGACAUAUCCCGGACACCUGUAGUAUCGCGGAUGAGGGACACAAAAAGUUCUAAAUAUUUGUCCUCGUGUUAUUUACGUAUAUAAGCAACAUUUACGUACAAAGUCUUGACACAAAAUUCAAAUAUGUUUGAAAUAUGCAUGCUGUGUAUUUGAAAUGGUUAAAUACUGUAGUAAAAUGUGAUUAUUUUUUCUGAGUAUUUUAGUAUGACAAAAUGAACGGUUUCAGAUAACGGUUACCUUUCCCGACAACAAGCUCAUUUGGACGAUUUUUGAUUUUUGUUUGUUUUUGUUAUUUUUGUAAUGAUGUCCUCUUUUAUUGUAUAUUUAUCAUUUGCGUUUUUCAGAUUUUCACAUUAGAAUAUUGAGUUGACUGAAUAGCAACAAGUUCAUGUACGAUUUAUUCAUGACACAUAUUGUACCAAUACCAGUGUAAUCAGUGAUUGGAACAAUGAAACAAAUUGUAUUUAUGAAAGUGCAUUCCAGUUCUUGAAACUUAUUGCAGUAAAAAUGUGAUUUAACAUGUAUUUAACAUGAACAUUUAAAUCAAAUUAUAUUUUACGUUUAUUUAUUUAAAAACGUGUCAGUGUGUGAUAGUAUUAGGAACAUCAUUCCACUAGAUCGAACAUGAAAUAAUUGUAUAUUUUCAAUAAGUUAACUGUGUAUUUGUGUGCACCAAGUACUGCCAUUUUCCAGUAUUUUCUUUUGUCUUGUUAAAAGAUUUUAGUCAUAUAUAUAUUCCAUCGACAGUAAAUUACUUUAGCAAAGUUAAUUAUCAUUCAUUUCCGUUCAUUAUCCUGAUUCGGAGAAUAAACAGCGCCGACUCUAUGGCGAGAUGAUACUGUGAUAGAUUCUAACGUCGAGACUGUAUACAGGGAUAGAUUCUUAAGUACGUAGCCAGACGACGUUUCUCCCUCUUAUUACUUACGAAUGUUCAACCAUUUACUCAUAACCAUCACCUUUUGAGCUAGUAUGUGUUUCAACUACUUGAGUUAUAGUUGAGAUCACUGACUAUAAUAUUUUUUUACACUAGUGAUACGUUGUUGGUGCAAGGGGAUUCGCAUCGUUGUCGAUGCUUUGUUCUAAAACAAUUCAUCAUGAAUCCCCAGACCUCUUGAUGGCGUAAUCACUCUGCAAGACAAUUGGUUAUAGUUUGCAGUCACUCUACUUGGAUUUAAGUUAUACACUAGAUCCGUUGUGAGGAAAUGACUGAGAAGUUAUCAUGUGUGUAAGCUGGUUUCGAAAUUGGAAAAUUCAUACUUAUACCACAAUAAAAUACUCAUCUGCAAACAUC